UACCUUAAGAAACAAUUCAUUCCUGAACGCCAUAAGACGUUUUUUUCGCUUUUGAAUACAGUACACUAAAACGUAACAUAACAAAAUGAUCAAACAAUUUUUAGCAGUUGUUAUUUGCGUCGCUAUAACGACGAUUAUGGUCCAGGCAGCACCGGCUAAAUAUACAACUAAAUACGAUAAUAUAAAUAUCGAUGAAAUUCUGAACAACGAUCGCUUGGUCUCCAACUACUUCAAGUGUCUGAUGGAAACUGGAAAAUGUACUCCAGAAGGCGAAGAAGUUAAACGAUGGUUACCAGAUGCAUUACAGAAUAAAUGUGCAGAAUGUUCUGAAAAACAAAGAUUAGGUUCUGAAAAAAUCAUCAAAUUUCUAAUUGAAAAUAAAAAUGAUAUGUGGAAACAACUUGAAGCAAAAUACGAUCCUCAAGGAACAUACAAACAACGUUAUGCAGAAGAUGCAAAGAAAUUGAACAUUAACGUUUAAAUUAAUAAAAAAUAACA